AAUCUUAUCCACCUAACUGGGCCCAUCCAUAUCUACCGAAGUAACACUCCCAUUCAUCUAACUGGGCCCAUCCCUAUCUACCGAGUUUGCAAUCCUAUCCACCUAACUGGGCCCAUCCCUAUCUACCGAAGUCGCAAUCCCAUUCAUCUAACUGGGCCCAUCCCUAUCUACCGAGUUUGCAAUCCUAUCCGCCUAACUGGGCCCAUCCCUAUCUACCGAAGUCGCAAUCCCAUUCAUCUAACUGGGCCCAUCCCUAUCUACCGAGUUCACAAUCAUAUCCACCUCACCAGGCCCAUCCCUAUCUACCGAGUUCACAAUCCAAUCCACCUCACCAGGCCCAUCCCUAUCUACCGAGUUCACACUCCUAUCCACCUCACCGGGUCCAUCCCUAUCUACCGAGUUCACAAUCCUAUCUACCUAACUGGGCCCAUCCCUAUCUACCAAGUUUGCAAUCCGAUCCACCUCACUGGGCCCGUCCCUAUCUACCGAGUUCAUAAUCCUAUCCACCUCACCGGGCCCAUCCCUAUCUACCGAGUUCACAAUCCUAUCCACCUAACUGGGCCCAUCCAUAUCUACAGAGUUCGCAAUCCUAUACGUCCAACUGGGCCCAUCCGUAUUAACUGA